AUGUCUACUUCUUCAUCUUCUUCCUACAGCGGCUCAACAUGGCAGGAACGCCUUGAGGAGGCUUGCCGUGACGCCCAGAUCAUGCCACCCACUUUCCAGAUCGUGUCUGAUCGACGAGGCGGUCGAACAGCUUGGUCAAGCCAGGUUACAAUCCAGGGCCAAACCCUUGCCGCACGAUACUGGUACGAUGGAAAGAAUCUCAACAACGCCAAGGAAGACGCUGCCGAAUGUGCUUUGAACUGGCUAAGCACUUCGAGCAACGCCUCCCACGUACGAAACUGGAGCACUUGGUGA